AUGAUUGUUUCCAAUCUUGUUAAAGCUGGUAUAGAAUUGUGCCAAGCUUUCUCUCCACAAGAAAAAGCCAGAUACGAGGGAUUCAUCAAAUCCCAGGAGCCAGGAGAGAAUCCAAAUAUGUGGUACAUCAAAGCAGCUGCUAUGGUUCAAAAUGGAAACAGAGAUACAUCGUUUGUCAACAAAUUCGUUGAUUUGUUGCCUUCUCUUUUCGCUCUCAAGCCUGGACAUCUUCGUCUGGAACUCUGCUUCGAAACUCUCAGCUCCAUCAUUCCUUUGAUGGAAAGUACAUCUUUAGUUCCUUUGAUCUUGGUUUGGCCGGCUCUUUACUCUUCUUGCCACUUGAAUAUGCAGUUGAGAAAUUCAGCUUUGAACUGUUAA